AUGUCACUUCGACCGUCGCCCAUCUUGCGCCAAUUGGCCUCAUUGUCUUCUCGCCUUCGCAUACAAUCACAAAUCCAGCCCUGGAUCUGUCGACAAUGUCAACAGUCUCGUCCUCUUCUGCAACGAAGAUCCUACGCCAGUCAGCCUGCUGAUGAUCCGUCUUUCACCUCGAUUGUCGAUGUUCAGCCUCAGCUCGUUCGUGUCGGCGGUAGGAAACAUGGCUGGGGCUUGUUGGUCUUGGCUAUCAUUCCCAUCACCGCCUUUGCCCUUGGCUCAUGGCAGGUUGCCAGAUUAGGGUGGAAGACCGAACUCAUUGCCCGUUUCGAAGAUCGCCUCGUUCGCGAUCCUUUGCCCCUACCGCCGAGUAUCGACCCGGCUGCCAUCAAGGACUUUGAUUACAGAAGAGUCUAUGCUACUGGUAAAUUCCGCCACGACCAGGAGAUGCUCAUCGGCCCAAGACUCAACGACGGCAACGAUGGCUACAUGGUUGUUACUCCCCUAGAACGUCAGUUUGAAGGCUACCCUGGCAACACAAAGAUUCUCAUCUGUCGGGGCUGGAUCCCGAAAGACAAAGCGAGUCAACGUGCUAGGCCCGAGGGUUUGCCUCAAGGAGAAGUCACAGUUCAGGGUCUGCUGAGAGAGCCAUGGAAGAAGAACAUGUUCACACCAGAGAACAAGCCCGAACAGAAUGCUUUCUACUUCCCUGAUGUCCAGCAGAUGGCUGAUCUCACAGGUAGCCAGCCUGUCUGGAUUGAGGAGACCAUGAAGCCUGACCUUGUCGAGUCCUACGAUAGAGAGGCAAAGGGUAUUCCUAUUGGAAGACCAGCCGAGGUGAAUCUCAGAAACAACCACACCCAGUACAUUUUCACAUGGUAUUCUUUGGCUGCUGCUACAUCUGUCAUGCUUUGGAUGGUCGUGAAGAAGCCAACCUCUCGUGCAGCGAGAAGAGUUCGUCAAUCGGGUCAGUGGUAG